CAGAAUAAAAAUUCUGUUAAAAAACCGCCAUGGAAGCCACUUCAUGUUCGCUCCUCAACUCUUUUCGCAUAAUCAACUCCACCAAUUCCACCAAUAAAUUCUACUACGAAACCCCAGCAAGAAUCCACCACAAGCUCUCUAAUUUUCCUUCAUUUUCCACCACUUUCCCCUCGCUCAAUUUUCCUGGAAAAUUUCUGCAUACAAAUGGCGGCUUCACUGCUUUCUGCUCAACCUCCCCCAAUAAGACUCAAAACCCAUCUCAGGAACUCGCUCUUCUUCUUGAAGUUGAUGGGAUCCUUGUGGAUGCAUAUCGGUUAGGCAAUCGGCAAGCCUUCAAUGUAGCGUUUCAAAAGCUUGGGCUUGACUGUGCAAAUUGGUCUGUGCCUGUCUAUACAGACCUUUUAAGGAAGAGUGCUGGUGAUGAGGAAAGAAUGCUGGUUCUAUUCUUUAAUCGAAUAGGUUGGCCUACUUCAUUGCCCACAAAUGAGAAGGAAACAUUUGUGACACGUGUCUUGCGGGAAAAGAAAAAUGCAUUCAAUGAAUUUCUGGUGUCAAAGGAUGUACCUUUACGACCUGGAGUUGAAGAAUUUAUUGAUGAAGCAUACAAUGAAGGAAUACCUGUCAUGAUCAUAUCAGCCUAUAGUAAAAGUGGCGAUAAAAUUGCCAGAGCUGUUAUUGAGAAGCUUGGCCAUGAAAGAAUUUCAAAAAUAAAAAUUGUUGGGAAUCAAGAGGUAGAACAGAGUUUAUACGGACAAGUAGUACUUGGAAUGUCUUCUGAUACGGAUGAACAACUGGCCACAGAAGCAAGAAAAGCAGUUUCUGCUCAGAAACAAAAGAUAGCAGAGGAGGUUGCGUCUAUGCUAAAGUUGAGUGUUGAUAUUGAUACUACCUCACCUGAAAGCUUAGAUAAGAUUGUAGCUGCAUUGCGUGCGGGAGCAGAAUAUGCUGGAAAACCAGUACAGAAUUGUGUCCUUAUUUCAGGAAGUCAAUCUGGAGUGGCUGGGGCUCAAAGAAUAGGCAUGCCUUGCGUUGUAUUGCGGAGCAGUUUGAUAUCUAGAGCAGAAUUCCCGUCAGCAAAUGCUAUAAUGGACGGGUUUGGAGGAGCAGACUUGACAAUCUCUAAACUACGCAACAAGCAAUGGUCAUGAGAUCGAUUCAAGUAUUUUUCUGUGUUAAUCUAUGAUGUGAGCAUUCUUGUCCCCUUCUUUCUUUCCUUCCCUUAAUCAGAAGUAUCGAGGCUGAUAACAUCUCAUAUGGUGUUCGAGUGCUCAAUGGCUGUAAACCGUGCUACUUUCACCAAUAAUUUUGUGAUGAAAGAGUCAUUGACUUCUGAAUUCUGUAGAUUUUGCAGAAUUGUAACUCCAAUAUGCCAUAACCCUAUUCUCCAGUCAGGCUUAGAUACAAACUAGUGUAAACAGUUUAAUGAGCGGCUCGCUUCACGUGAUUUGUUGCUUUCUUUGUGUUGGGCUUGUUGGCUAGCUUUGUUUAUAAUCUCUUCAUAUGAACACAAGUCCUGGAGAAACUUAAAACAGUUUUAUUUGAAUAAAACAUCAUGACAACUUUUAUUUUGAUUUGAUUUAA